UCCCAACUUGCCGCGCGGCGCCUUAAUUGAACCAAGCCCGGCGCUUGACUCUGGGCAUCUUCGCCCUCGAUCUGCACUCAUCUGUCCGCGCUUUCGGCUUGCACACCAUGAAGUUCUCUUCUGCCCUUGGGGCCAUAGGGGCCUCGAGUGUCCUCCUGUCCGGCGUCGGUGCUAUCCAGCUGGACAUCAACUCGCCUGACAACAUCAAGCAGGUCGCAAAGACCCUCUCCGGUGGUCUGCGCCAGUACUACACUGGUGACCGUGUUGGCGACACACCUGGUAACUUGCCAGAUCCGUACUACUGGUGGGAAUGCGGUGCUAUGUUCAAUGCUCUAAUCGACUACUGGUACUACACUGGCGAUGACCAGUACAAUGGCAUUACGUCCCAGGCCAUGGAGGCUCAGAUUGGAGACUACAAUGCUUUCAUGCCGGCCAACCAAACCAAGACGCUUGGAAAUGACGACCAGGCCUUCUGGGGAAUGGCCGCUAUGACUGCUGCUGAAAACAAGCUGCCUGACCUUGGAGACGGUAAGCCGUCUUGGCUCUCCCUUGCCCAGGCCGUCUUCAACACCCAGAAAGACCGUUGGGACAAUGCUACCUGUGGAGGAGGAUUGAAGUGGCAGAUCUUCACCUUCAACAAUGGCUACAACUACAAGAACACCAUCUCUAACGGCUGCUUCUUCAACAUUGCGUCGCGUCUCUACAAGUAUCUUGGCAACGACACGUACGCGGAGUGGGCCGAGCGUGCUUGGGAGUGGGAGCUUUCUGUGGGUCUCAUGAGCCCGGACUUCCACUUUUACGAUGGUACAGACGACAAGCAGAACUGCUCCAGCAUCAACCACAUCCAAUGGACCUACAACGCCGGUGUGCAUAUGGCUGGCGCUGCUGCUAUGUGGAAUGUGACCCAGAAUGAUCUGUGGAGGACUCGCCUAAAGGGUCUGAUCGAUGGUGCUGGUGUCUUCUUCAAGGACGGCGUCAUGACUGAGGUCGCUUGCGAGAACAACGGCAAGUGUGAUGUCGAUCAGCGAUCAUUCAAGGCGUAUCUUGCGCGCUGGAUGGCAUACACUGCAGUCAUCGCCCCCUGGACCCGCGAGUACAUCGAUCCACUUCUCCAGGCGUCGGCUAAAGCCGCGGCCGCGCAGUGCAUUGGAGGCGCCAACCAGACAUCCUGCGGCCUCCGAUGGAUCGAUAAUGGCGUGAACGAUGGUAGCUUUGGUGUUGGUGAGCAGAUGGCUGCUUUGGAGGUUGUCCAGGGUCUGCUUUAUCCCACUGUCUCUGGCCCUGCUACACAGAACAACGGUGGUAUUUCGCAAUCUGACCCCAAUGCCGGAGCAGACGUACCUCAGACUCCCGUUACUUUCGACGCUGUCACCACCGGCGACAAGGCUGGGGCCAGUAUCCUGACCAUCAUUGUCCUCGUUGCCAUUGUUGCUGGUGCCUGGUGGAUGGUCUCGUAAACCCGUUGCAUUCAUGGGCGGACACAUCAUGCUUCAGCUAUCCCAAUCGAUACCACUGUUUGUUUGUACGCCAGGUUAACUGCUCAAGACCUUGUACUUUUUGUUCAGCGAUAGGCCAUGACUACCGGCACUAAGGGUAUUCCCUCAUUGGACCUGUAUUUUAUUCAUUGACAUUUGGGAGUUGCAGGCGUUCACGAAGAGCUCUCAGCGGGACAUAUAGCUCGUAUUUCUCGAGAAUAUACCAUUUACUGCACAUCAUGUCGAGUCCGUGGACACUUCAGAUGUAUGACGUCUGACUAGGCCGAGGCUUGAGCACCACCACCUGUACGAACAGCAUAAUUACUUACAACAGCAAAUAGUCCUGCCAC